UCAUAAUAAAGCGCCCAACAAAUAGAACUUUCCAUCAUGAGAUGAACUGCAUAAAAUGCAAAUCGAGAAAAAGAUAGAGAGCUCACGGGAGGGUUGGAAAACAAGGGGAACUGAAUGAAUGAUGGAAAUAAAUACUUGUAUGGACUAACAUGAGGAUAUAAAUGAAGGAUUUGUGGAAUUGUACAGCUCUACCUGUAACCAGCAUGGGUGAAAGUUGAGCGUCUAGAGUGAGUCUGCUUUAUUGUGUACAUCUACCCACUGUCUGUGAGCCGUCUCUACUCAUGUGUGCGCAUGUGGUAACAUAGAGCCAAAUGGCGGAGUUAAACCCUGUCUCAGACACUCAUUCCUUACUGGAAUCUAUGCUUCAGAAAUUACGGCUGAACGCUGAGACCAACAGUAGCUCACCCGCUGAUAUGAAAACAUGUAGUCCAUCUGAAACAGUGGAGGAUUCAUCUAAAAGAACAGUUUAUCAGUUUGGAUUUUCUUCCAAAAGUAAAGAGCAAAAAAAGUGGGAGAAUCCUUGGACUCAACAGUCUUCUCAAUUUGGGGGUGCAUUGACUCCUUAUGCUAAGCAACCUGUCAGAAGGAUCAGUAAACACAACUCGGGAUUCUCUACUAAACCAAAACGGCCACCGUUAAUUUGGGUUACAGAUGAUGUCACUUCCUGGGUUGGAGACGAUCAGAUGUCAAGGCCAGAAAUGAAACAAUUUUCUCUGGAAGAGGAGACCAACUCAGAUGUGCCAUCAUUAUUCAAAAAAGAAUCUGUCGAAAAUCCCCCUGACCUUUUAGCAUCAACAUUGACAUCAUCAUCUUCAGUAGUGGAAAAACCAGAGGACAAGGGUCAAAGUGGCGCAUGGAGCUGGGUUGCUGUGAAUGAGAAAGUUGAAGGCAUCAGACUUCACGAGCAAUCAGAAAAAUCGACAAAGUCAAGUAGAAAGAAGUGGGGGGAGGCUAAAAGGUGGGCUCAGAAUGUGAAAGAGAGAUGGAGAGAGAGACACAGAAGCACAAUGACCAGACAAAGAGGUGAUGGAGAAAGACCAAAACAGAAUGAAGUACAAAGUAAUCUCUCGUCAUUAUCUGUGCCCAUUGAUGUGAACAACACACCUACAGCACCUGCUGAGAUUACAGAUAUCCACCAUGAACCGAUCAACACAGCACUGGAAGAAGAUGGCCCUGCUUCACUAAGCUACAUGAGUGACAGUCUUUUCUCAUUUGGCACUACUUCUAAUUUAAUGGAGGAGAUCUUCAGCGGGACAGAGUGGGCUCAGUUUCUCUCAGUUAACGGCACAACGCAGGACCAAUCAAACGAGCCACAAAGUAAUAUCAACCAACCACUUGAGGAAGAACGGACCAGUAAAUGGACUCACAACGACACAACCGAUUCCCAUUUAGUACCUUCGUUCUCUGAGAGCUUUGCCUCUGAUAAACCUGUUUACAACCAAACCGAGACAUCCCAGAUGAGUGCUUCUUCAUCACAUGUUUCUGAUCUCACCACAAAUCAAUUACAAACUUCUGACCCGUUUACAAACCAGUUACGAAAUCAAACCAGUUAUCUGGAACUCAACAAAUCUCACCACAUUGAGCAAUCAAACAAACAAUCACAGUUUUCCCAGCACGAUCCAAACAAAUUAAAGGCAACUGAGGAAAGCGAUUCACAACAGAUGUCUAGUCAAGUGCCUGACACCAACCAAGGUGGGACGGAGGAUUUCAUACCACUAUUGGACCUUUCGUAUAUUAAGCCAAAGGACAGAUCGUCUAUAACAUCCCACGGAUCUCUGAGCCGUAAAAGAGAGCACUGGACAAAUAGGAGAGAUCCAGUUGAACACACAUCACAAGACAUGGAGGAGGAGGAUCACAGCAGCUCUUUCAUGGCCACACAGACUUCAGUCGCUGCCCAGAGCAUCUCACCCUCGUCUUCCCUCAACUCGCUGAUGGACACCAUCUCAGAGUCUUCUGUAUCUUUGGAGACUGCAGUCAAAAAGAGGAGGAUGGAAGAUACUCGACGCGUUCGAUUCUCUGAGGAGGUCAUCAUCUUACCACCCAGCUCGUUGCCAGAGUAUGAUGAUGAAGAUGAAGAUGAAGAUGAAAAUGAUGAGAAUGAUAAUGACUGCCCAGAGGAACCUUCUCCCCGGCCUUCUUUGCCUAAGUGGAUUGUGUCUUUAAAACCCAAAAGUGCAAAGUACAAAUUUUAAGUCCCUUUGCAUCUGACUCCACCCCUGAAAUUCUGCAGCUCACAUGAACAGAGACUGCAAGACUAGCGAGACAGCACAAAUAACAGACAAUUAUCAUUAAUACAUGUAUUUUGAAAACAAAAUCAUUUUAAUGAGAUGUGAUAUGCCAGUGCCGUACUGAUAUGCCAUUAAAUUAAAUUUUACAGUAAAAAUUAAGUGAAAUGUAAUAAAAAUAACAUCAGAAAUAUUUCACAAGUUAAUGUGUAAAGAUGUUGUGUGAUUCAUUUUAUAAGAUUAAUGUUACUUACAAUCUCAAAGUCAACAGAUAGAAUGAAAGUCCAGCUGACUUUCACACUAAACACACAAAAUAUCCAUGAAUACACAAUGCACUUUCUGAAAGGAUAGUGUUUAUAUACUCACAUAUCAUUUUUAUGUUACUUAAUAAAUAAUUUACUGUU